UCAGUUUCCCUAAUCUCUUGGCCGCCGCAUGUAUGCAUGCAGCUCGUUGUGCACAUCGGCAUGGACACCUCCGCCCAGGCCAUCAUUCUGGAGCAGUGCGCCAAGAACCGGAGCUACCAGGACGCCGACAUCCGGGGCUUCCGGCCGGCGCGCGGCGAGUGCCUUCCGGAUGGCCCGGAAGUGAUCGCUUCGGAGGUCAGCAUGAAGGCGGUGUGCAAGCGCUUCGCAGUGGAGGGUGUGGAGGUGAUCUUUUCUCGAGAUGCCGGCAGAUACGUCUGUGAUUACACCUACUACCUGUCUUUGCAUCAUGGAAAUGGGUACGCGGCCCUCAUCCACGUGCCUCGGUUAUCCCGUUGGUUCCCAGCCAGGCUGCUGGGCAAAGCCCUGCAAGUCAUCAUCCAGGACAUGCUGGAGGAGCUGAGAAAGCCUGAGCUUGAAGCCUCGUUCGCAGAAAACUCAACCGCGGCGAUUCCAGCCCAGGGGAACCAAUUGGGGGACUGCUCCUUUAGAGAAAAUUAAAUGUUUCAAUCCUCUGUGCAGAGUUCAGCUGUGCUUUGAGAGACUUUUAAAAAAUGGCUUGUAAAACAGUUUACACGAGGAAAAAAAGCUCUGAAUUAGCCCAACGAAAUCACAAAGGGUUAUUUUAUUGUCAGAAGAAAGAAGAACACUCUGAAAGGCAGACAUUUCACAAGGGAUUAACUAGCUUCAGUUAUGGUUUUCAUGACAAUAAAAUGAAAUCCUAGUAAUUUUUUUUUCUCUUAAAAAGACUGCGCAGGGGCCUGUGGAAUCCUGCCCAGAUUGCUAAAACCGCAGACCUGUUGGGCAGAGCUGCAUGUGGUGGGUUGAUCUGUGACCAGCUGGCCAGGGGGAAACACGGGGGUGGGGA